CUAUAUUGGCGUUAUACCUACGCGACGAUUUGUAUUUCAGCGAAAGUUUAUCAACAAUUGUUUUGCAUAUUUUCAAUUUCUUUGGUCAAUUUUGCCCUAUAUUUGGAGCUAUACUAGCCGAUAGCUAUAUAGGCAAUGUACGGACUAUAACGGGAUUUUAUUUUCUUUAUGCAUUUGGUUGGAUUUUGUUGGUAUUGACGGCACUGCCUUAUAUGGGUAUAUCAUUGGUCUUCCUAGUUUCUAUUUCUUUACUCUUCAUAGUCAUUGGUAAUGGUUUUUCUAAAGCUUGUCUUACCUCUUUGGGUGCAGAAUAUUUUAGUCUCUACUAUUUUGUGUAUUAU